ACAUAUUUGUGACGUUUAGCCAUGCAGUUCCUCGCUCCCAUUUGUCACCAAUGUGUAUAGAUGGGAGAAGAAUAAAAAGGAGUGAAUAUAUUGCUAACUUACAAAUAAAUAUAAUUACUUAAUUUCAAAAUAUUUUUGUGCUGUAAUAUCUGUGUUAACGUGUCAUUUUAUGGCUGAAAAUAAAUUGUUAAGACGCGCAGUUGUAAUAAGUGCAAUGGCAGCGCUAGUGGCGGCUGGGGCUGGCAUGCUGCAUAAACGCGCUCAGCCAAACUAUAAUAAAGAUCGACGUUUUAAGUCAGUCUGCCCGGCGGCAAAGGCAAAACAAAUAAAUAUGAAGACUAACCAACUGGUGAUCAUACGGCACGGCGAGAGUGAGUGGAAUAAGUUGAAUCUCUUUUGCGGCUGGCACGAUGCCGAUUUGAGUGAGCAAGGUGCCAAGGAUGCAAUUAACACAUCAGCAAUUGCGUUGCGUGAAAGCAAUUUAAAAUUUGACAUUGCAUACUCAUCAGCAUUAGUGCGCGCACGACAAUCACUUAGUAUUAUAUUAAAAGAAUUGAAUCUCUGUGACUUAGAAGUCGUUAGCGAUUGGCAUUUGAACGAGCGACACUAUGGAAAUCUGACUGGUUACAACAAACGCGAUUUGGCAAACAAAUACGGAGAAGAGCAAGUCCAGUCUUGGCGUCGCAAGUACGAUGUGCUUCCACCUGCUAUCACACCAGACAAUCCCUACUAUCAUUCCAUACGCAAUAAUCCGAGUUUCAAGAAUAUACCCGCAGCAGAAUUCCCAGACACAGAGUCACUGAAGGUCCUAAUGCAGCGCGUCAUACCAUACUUUGAGAAUGUCAUAUUCAAGCAGGUGCUUGCGGGCAAGCGAGUUCUCAUCAUAGCACAUGGCACCGUUGCACGUGCCCUGAUCAAACACAUCGAUAAAGUAUCGGAUGAGAAUAUUUCUACUGUGAAUGUGCCAAAUAGUAUACCCUGCGUAUUUGAAUUUAAUAUGGAAACGGGCGAAAAAGUCGGCAAAACUACAUUCUUAGCAGAUGAGAACUUCUUGAACGAACAAAUACAAAAGACCGCUUCGAUUGGGGAGUCCAACAAAUAAAUGUGUAGAAAAUAGUUUAAAACUACAUACUUAUUGAACCAAAAAAAAAUAUGUGUAUAUACAAUAUUUUAUGAAAAAUGCGAAAAGAGACUAUUUAAGUUAAUGUUAAAUUAUUUGUAAUAUAAUCGUAACUGUUUGUGUAAUUACCAAAAUAGUGUAUGUGUAUAAUUCUACGUUUAUUGUAUAUUGUGUAAAUUUAAGUAAUUUGUGAACGCACAAUAAAUAUUAUCGUAACUUUUAUAAAAAACUAAAGACAGCGCUGGUAAUUAAAUGAUAUACUACUCCAAAGUUUUAUUUCUCUUGAGGUCCACAAACUCAAAUUUGUAUUGUAUUUUAAAUGUUUCGAGAAGUUCAUGUCAAUGAUAAAGGGUGUUAUUUAGGUGGGGUUAAAUGAGCAUGCAAAUAAGUGGUUAGUGUAAUUUGGAGACCCUUUUCAUAUAGGACAUAUAUUGGGUAUUUCGGGGAUCAGUCUGGAUAGGUAGGAGUUUAUGGCUCCUCUGUGAAUGGCGUUCAGUGCUUGUCGAAAGUCUGUCGCAUCCGGAAUCCGGUUGUCGACGUUUUUCGGAGACAUCAAGAGGCAACCGGCUAAUGACUUGAGGAUCUUGUUGCGGCUCUAUACCUUGGUAAGGUACAGGUUAUCGAGCGUAUAGAGCCGUAGACAGAAAGAACCGAUACGACCAAUCUUAUGAGACUUCAAUGUAAAUGAACAAUCAUCACCGCUUCUACCGUACGCUACCGUAGACAUCCAUGUCAGUCGGCUAUCUGGUUAACCGUUGGUUGUCGUCUAUUCGAAAAGUACAAGUUCAUUCAUUUUUUAUUUUUAUUGAAAAUAGUGAAACUCACGAAAAACAAAAACAAAAAUCAAAGACUAUUCUAACGACUAUUUGAAUAGUAUUAAUAGGUUAAUAUUCAAACAAACUGUUACAAACCGGAUACUCGAAUAAUCGUUUUCAGGUUAUUCGAAUAAUUUUAAGAGCCCUAGUUUAGACUGUAAUACUUCGUGCAAUUGGUAAAUAUGGUCGUUGUACAUUGAGUAGGAGAGAUUGUUAAACUCCUAUCAGUACCUCCCAUUGGUAGUUGAGGGAGUUUCGAGAUGUAGAAGUGAAAUAGUAGAAGUUGAAAUAGUAGAUCAAACGGUAUCGCCAAAUAAUAUACAUGUGCCAUAACGACCUCUGCGGGUAUUGCAGCAGCAACAACCAACACCUGCUCAUCACUCCCUCACUCCCAGGAUCACCACUAGUCAACCACGUCAAUAAUCAGUCUUGGCGGUCAUUGGGUCAUAAAGUAGAUAAAGAAAGUAAAUGACAGAUUAGUUCUUUGAAUUCAUCAUAACGCAAAUUUUGUGUUUUGAAAACUUAAUUGGAAGUUCUUUAAACUUUAGCUCUAGUAUUUAUUCAUUCUACUACUUGGUCUUCAUAAAGGUUUUAAACCAUUUUAACUGCAUUUGAUAAAAUCGCAUUUCCCAUUUUGGUUAGCUUGAUAAGCCCUAUGACAGAUCUGUCCCUGCAGAGCAGCUAGUUAACAGCGUGAAAAGCUUUGCGGGGAGUGGGUGCCGCGGAAGGGUCUAUCACUCAAUCUAUUGACUACAGAUACGUACUUAUCAAAGAGACUCUUCAGAAAUUAAUGCUCUCCCGUUAUUUCUCCUAAAAAAGACUGAACAAAUGCAUAUUUUUUGUACGGUAACAUUUCAUUCGUAUAUGCAGACAUUUUCUCAACAUAUGUAGAUCUGAAUCCGCACGAAAAGAGAAAGAGAUUCAUUCAUAAACUUUUUUGUAAACACUACUCUAUAAAGUAAACAAUUCGAACGAGAGAAAUAACCAAAGCAAACAUAGUAACGCUAAAUGUCACACACAAAGCGAAUUGCCAAGGAGAAGCAGAAGUGUCAUGACAACAAAGUCAACAAUUUUACACACAAAUGCUUUUGUACAACAGCAAAGGCAAGGGUGGUUUGUCUAGGAAAGCCGAAUUGAAUAAGUGUAACAUAGCGCGGCGCGCUGAUGCUCCCGGUUAUAAAAAAAUAAUAAAAAAGGUGACAAAAACAAAAGUCAAGGAAACAUCGUUUACAGUGCGGUGCUAAUAAGUCAAAAUAUAGCAAAUUAAUUGAA